AGAAUGAACUGAUUCUAAAAAUGAGCCAUCCAGUAUUGGUGAAAACGUCUCCUUCAAGCAUUCCUGGUUCCAAAAUCAGCAUCAAAGGCCAAAGCGUCAGAGAUAAUGAUGAUGAUGACGAAGAAGCUGGCAUUGAACCUUCCAGUUCUAACUGCAGAAAUGGACUCAGCUACAAGCACAUCUUGUUUCAAAAACAGACAAGAAAGGGCAAGCUUAAGGAUAAGGCUGGUAAUGAAGGUGAUGGUGACGAAGAAGCUUGCUCUGAACCUUUAAGUUCUAACGCACUGUUAGAAAAAAGGACACAUCUUCACGCACAUCUGGUUACAAGUACAGAGAAGAAAGGGCAUGUAAGGGGUAAUGAAGGUGGUGGUGACGAAGAAGCUUGCUCUGAACCUGUAAGUUCCAACGCACUGUUAGAAAAGGACACAUCUUCACGCACAUCUGGUGUCAAGUACAGAGAAGAAAGGGCGAGCGUAAGGGGUAAUGAAGGUGGUGGUGACGAAGAAGCUUGCUCUGAACCUGUAAGUUCCAACGCACUGUUAGAAAAGGACACAUCUUCACGCACAUCUGGUGUCAAGUACAGAGAAGAAAGGGCGAGCGUAAGGGGUAAUGAAGGUGGUGGUGACGAAGAAGCUUGCUCUGAACCUUUAAGUUCCAAUGCACUGUUAGAAAAGGACACAUCUUCACGCACAUCUGGUUACAAGUACAGAGAAGAAAGGGCGAGCGUAAGGGACCCUGAAUCUUCUGACACAGACCAUGAUGUGCCAGUAAGACAACCACAUGCAAAACCUGGGCCGUCCACAACUGUAACCAUGUCGGGUCAUCCCAAGAGGCUUCAGAAACUCGGUGAAGACCAGAGUCAUCUUUUGAAGACGCUGUUCAAAACGAAUAUUGUGUUGAGGAAGGAGCUUAAGCGUGAAGACUGUGAAAGAGUAAUGCAAAAGUAUGAAAUUCUACACGGAUUGUCAUGGAAAAAAAUUAAAAAACACGAUUCAUAACUGGAUUACUGCUGAAAAGUGAAAACAAAAAUGAUUUUAUAGCUUUUUAGCCCACCUGCGCACAAUGUUCUCAUGGUGAGCUUAUGUGAUCGCUUUUUGCCCGUUGUCCAUCUUGCGGCAUCAACAUUUGCCUUGUUAAUAUUCUAGAGGUCACAUUAAUUGUCCGAUCUUCAUGAAAUUUUAUUUGACGAUUUGUCCCAAUGAUAUCUUGGAAAAGAUUACAAAUGGUUUCGGUUGGUUGAAAAACAAUAAUUUACACGCCAUAUACUCCAUACUUAAAUCAAUAUUGUUAUAUGCAAAGCAGCAAUGCUUAAAAGAAAUAAUACAAAAUUGGGAGGGGGCAUUACUCGUAUGAAAACAAGAUGGUGGUAUUUGUUAUAAACACGUGUAAAACAGUUGGAUUUUUCUGGCCAAAGACAACUAUUCAUACGACCAACUUCUUAAUUUUUGCAUAGCUCGUCAUAUUGAUUUCCAUUCAGA